AUGGGAGCGGAUGGAGGAACGAUUCCAAAACGAUGUGAGUUGGUGAAAAACAAGAAGAAGAAAGAAAAAGUGGACAAAAACGUAAAAAACGCACCCCGCUGGCAGUUGUGCCACUUAACACAGCAACCGUUACAAAAACCGAUUGUAGCAUGUCGUCUUGGAGGACUUUACAAUAAAGAAGCUAUUUUAAAUGCAAUAUUGUUAAAAACAAUUCGUGAUAAUGCGGCAACGAAACAUAUUCAUGGUCUCAAAGACGUUAAGGAAUUGAAACUUUAUGACAAUAAGGAAUACCAAAAACCAGGUGCUGACAAAGGCGACACAUUCAAAGAUUACAAUAUUGCACCAUAUUGCUGCCCAGUGAGUGGACUAGCAAUGAACGGAAAUCAUGUGUUUACGGUAAAUUGGCAGUGCGGUUGCGUUAUAUCUCAGAAGGCAAUAGAAGAAGUCAAGUCGGACACAUGUCAUGGUUGUGGUGGUGCUUUCAAUAAAAACGAUCUGAUUGUUUUGAAUCCGUCUGAUGAACUUCGGCGAACAUACGAAACAAAAUUAGAAGAAGAACGAAAGAAGAACAGAAAGAAGAAAGAGAGCAGUAAUUUCAAUGCAGCAUCUUCCAGCUCCAAUGCGACCAAGAACCAGAAAAUACAAAAUGCAGGAUCACAUCUAUCCAGUAAUGGAAAGGAUAAAAAGCGUAAGAUGGAGGACUCAUCAAUCCAAAAUGAUGAAAAAGCAUCUACAGUCUACAAAUCAUUAUUUACUACCUGCGAAGAAGCCAAAAGGCGUCCGAAACCACAUUGGAUAACUUAUAAUCCGUUGUUUUAUUAA